CAUCAACAACUAUCAAUAAUCAACAAUUUUUUCCUUCUCGCAUCGCUGGAGAGCCUGAUUUACUGCUCUCAUCCGCGGCAAUAAUGGUGGCCACUCAGAAGCUCUAUCCCCGCGCGACUGUCAAGCGCAUUGUCAAGGCUCAUGCAAACCGAAAUGUGAGCAAGAAUGCCGAUAUUCUGAUCUUCCUGGACUACAUGCUUUUUAUGCAGGAGUUGAUGCGCGAGUCGUCGAUUCGCUCGCGAAAGGCGGGCGAGAAGCAACUGUCCGCGAACAGUGUCCGGAAAGUGACAGAGAGGACGCUGCGGAAGUUCAAGGGUUGAGUUACGCGAUCCAUCAUGGCACCUGUUCUGUCGGCGAAUCUGAUAUAUUGCAUGGUAUAAAAUUGGGCAUUCUGGCGUUGGUUUGGAUAUUAGUAUUGGGGCAUUUUCGCCCAGGGACUAUGGGGAUAUUAUAA